UUACCCUUUAAUUAAAAAAAUGGCUUCAUCCCUAACACAUUCCCUUGCCGCUGCAGCUCAUCAUAGGCAUGGACAUACUUCGCCUGACUCAUUUUCUACUUCAUCAAUUCAUUUCCAUGCUUUGGAUUUAAGUAAAAACAACACCAAUACUUUAAAUACUUCUUGUACAAACACAAAAGAUUCUUCAUCAUUUAUCCCAAAUUUAUUAGUACAACAACAACAACCAACAUUAACAAUACCUCCUCUACCUCCCCCUCAACCAACUUCUUUAAUUAUUCCUCAACAAAAACAACAAAUUAUUUAUCAAAAUUUAUUUUCCACCAAUAAUUCUUUAAUUGGAAAAAAUAUUUUUGGAAAUUCUGUUGAGGAACAAAUGCAGGCAGUAGCUAAUGUUUUGUUGGGAGGAGGAGGAAAUGGAACUUUUCAAUUACAAAAUGUUGUUAAUAAAUGUCCAAAAUUGUUAUCAGAAUUUAUUAAUACAACAAGAGAACCUUUAAUUAAUUCUUUGGCAUUUUUACAAUCAACGGAAACUUCUUUGCCGCAAAUGGUAAAAGAAUAA